AUGGUACAAGAGACAGUGGUGGAAGGACUUGAUGAAUCUUCCGAUUUUGUUAAGGAACCUGCCGUACCAAAGAAGACGAUCUAUGUUGGCCGUCUCUCUGACGAAACUGAAAUAUCAGAUAUUAUCGAUUUCUUCAAAGAUGUUGGACAAGUUGUUCGUGUUCGACUUCUGUUAACCCGCAAGGACACUUACGUGCCCAAUGGUUUUGUUGAGUUUGUUUCUGCGGAUGAAGCAAAGAAGGCAUUGGAAAAGAAGAAGAGUGAGUAUUUGCUCGAUCGCCGGAUUUUUCUUGAUGUGGUUAACAAGGGAGGUCGAUGCCUUCCACCCAAGAGGGUAAGCAUGUGGGCUAUGGCUUUGUUGAGUUUGCUUCUGCUAACGAAGCAAAGUGGCAUCGAUUUCUUCAAAGAUGUUGGAAAAGUUGUUCAUGUUCGACUUAUUGUAGAUCCCAAGGUCAAGCAUGUGGGUUUUGGCUUUGUUGAGUUUGCUUCUGCUAACGAUGUAAAGAAGGCACUGGAAAAGAAGAAUGGUGAUUAUUUGCACGAUUGCCAGAUUCUUCUUGAUGUUUUAAAGACAGCUUCAUACCCUCUACGACCCAAAAUCUUCAUCUUCAAAAAUGUUGGACAAGUUGUUGGUGUUCGACUUGUUGUAGACCACAGGGGUGAGCAUGUAGGCUGUGGCUUUGUUGAGUUUGCUUCUGCUGACGAAGCAAAGAAGGCGGUGCAAGAGAAGAAUGGCUCUUCCAUGUAUGUUAACAUGGCUGAGAUAGCUCCAUACCCUUUCAGACCCAAGUACGAAGACUACCUUCGACGAGAAGGCUUUGGGUUGGAUAACAAACCGAAUCUGGAGAAACCAAUGGCCUUCUGCGGUAAGAAGAUUACCUUCUCCGACGAAGACUGA